UGCUGUUUCGAGGUCAACGUAGGUCACACUGAAAACCAGAAACGUGUUCAGCACAGAAACUUCCAGUUUUCCCUGAAGUUCUCCAAUAAGAUGGCUUUUUCCGGCUCUAGACUGGUGGCGUCCGCCGCAGCGAAGCUUUUAGGACAAAGCAGACAGGGUUUCACAGCUCUGACGGGCGUUUCGAGGUCGCUUUUGACGUUUUCAGCUGUGGAAGGGCGCAGCCUGCGGUCCGCAUGUUUCUCUCGGUCAUUCACACGGUCCAUGUGGGUCCUCUGCAGCAAGAGACCGGACACUGGCCUCCUGAACGGCGGAGUGGUCAAGCUCACAGACGUCAACAAGACCUGCAGUUGCUGCGGACUACAUACUCAUGGGGAUAAAGAACUUGCAAACUUCCUUGCGAAGGAAAUUGAGACAGAGAAAGACAACUUGCAAGAAGCCCCCAAACUGAAAGAUUUCGAAAUCUCCACCAAAGGGACAGAGGUCACACUCACCAGAAAUUUUGAUGGAGAAAUUGUGACUAUUGACUUUAAUGUCAACCUGUCUGUGGAUGAUGAGUCUAUGGAUGAGGAGGGUGAACAGCCACAGAUGGUGUCCAGACCCAGGUUCACAGUGGAGCUGAAGAAGUCCGGAGGCACCAGCCUGAGUCUGAACUGUUCCUUCACCGGUGAUGAGGGGACAGCGGAGGGGGAGGAGGAGGUGGAUGUGUUCCAGAUCGACGAGGUGACUCUCCACGAGGGGGAGGAGGAUUGGCAGGAGAGCAGCUACAUCGCUGGAGCUGACAACAUGGACGGGACCCUGUAUGACCUGUUGAUGACCACGCUGGAAGAGCGUGGAGUGGACAACAACUUUGCGGCAAAGCUGGUGACUUUGUCCACAUCCCACGAGCACAGGCAAUACAUCAAGUUCCUGGAAGACUUGAAGUCCUUCGUCUCCAAGUAGAUGUGUUGAAAGAACUCAUCAGAAUUUAACUAUCACACUGUCUAAAUACCCAAGGCUGUGGUGUGGGCAAUAGUGUAGUCAAGUUUUAGUUUGUAGCUUGUACAAACACAUUGUAUACUCUUAGGAACAAUUGUUAUUUCUUGCUCCAUAGUAUUGGUCCCUGAUAUUUUGUGUACGGUAAGAGUCUCAAGUAUUUCUUUGUUAGCUCUGAUCUUAACAGGUAAAGCUUAGAAAUGACAUUGGCCACAGCCAGGUGAUAUAUAUGUCACACACUUUUAUGAUAAGAGCUGAGUAUGUAUACAAGGACAUGUGUUUCAUUUUGUCUAUUAAAAUUUCCAUGAAACAAUUGUGUGUUUCAGUCAACAUUGAAAAGAAAUGUUACACAACAGUCGUGAGACAACCCCUUCUGAAAUUUCUAAGUGGAAUAGUCCUUGGUAACAUCAUACUUAUGGCAAAAUGUUUGUCCUGUCAAUGACAACAUAGAAUUAUU